CGUGUGGACAUAAGAAGCCCUCUGAGAACGUCCAGACCAUCCCAGUUGCAUGCAGGCUGCACAUCACCCCAGGAGCAUGGGCUAUUCACAGGCCCUCUGGCAGUACCAGCAAAGCCACUUUAAACACAUGCGAAAUUCACUUAUUUGCGCACCAUGGCAGAGCUUUUUUAUGGUCAGCCCUAUUUAGCUCUCAUCAUCAUCUAACAGUGUCACCAGGUAAAAGCUGAAGUGGGCAAGUCUUGACCAGGCUGCUGGGCUAUCAACCCUCCCUAUGCAGGGCAUGUCUCAGGUGUGUUCCACGCAGGACAGAGAAGUCCCCCUAAAAGCUCACUAUCUGCCCAACAGGUUGAAUGCCUGCAUCAAGCAAGAUGACUUUCUUUCCAAGAACCCAGGUCCAGACCGCAUCUGCCUCAUAUCUUUAUGUUGUAGAGCCCAGAGGCUGACUCUGGGGACAACAAAACUCACCGGUACCUGGGAGCACAGUCCUACACUGAGCUUUCAGGUUACCCUCUAAAUCUAGGCUGAGGGUUUUCUGCCCAAGCACUCCCCAACACAGGUAGACAGAGCAACAUAAGGAAACCUCAUGAAAAACAGUAUGCCCAAGUCUUCCUCAGGGUUUUUACACCUGUAUCUGGCCUUCAUCAGAGACCAGCACAUAUUUCCAGCACUUGAGUUCAUGGGCUGUCUCAAGACAGAGCAGGUCUUUGGUCUAAAACUUAAGCUAUGCAUGUGUGAGAAAGGGAAAAAGAGUGACCUGGGUCAUCCCCAGACUUUUCAAGCUCAAUUAAUUCUAAGAGGAGACAAAGCCAGUGUACUUCCACUGGCCAGGGACGUCGCUCAAGACUCCAUCACUCCCUGCUCCCUGGAAGUUUUUGGCUGGUGAGACUCAGUUCAGUGUGGCAACCCAACAUUGGUGAGUCUAUGGGUCCUGGGACAGUUGAGCUUGAGUGUGGUGGGGAGAGGAAUGAUUAAUGCUGACUCCCAGAGGUGCUCUCACUGCCUAUUUCAGAAGAGAGGAGGGGGGCAAUGGAAGAGCAGAGACAAUGCAGCAAUGGACUAAGAUGCACAUAAUUUAGAAAUUCACAGACCUCAUUUAGGUUUUGUAGCUGCUAGAUCUGACAUGUUGGCUCAAAGAGUGCCUAAGAGGAUUUGGGUGGUGGACUGCUCGAAGUAUUUCCUGUGAGAUUUUUUCCUGAGGUGAUUCUCUGCACAUGAGCAUUAACAUUUCAGAUUCUGGAGUGCCAGAGCUUGGCUGGAAUGUUACCAGCUCUACUGGAAGAAGAACACUAGAACAACCUGUUUCUUAGUUGCAAAGCAAUGAUCCAAUAAUUUUCUGGAGAACUGUGGGACCCAGCUUUAACGAAACAGCAGACAGAAAUUACCACGGGAAUUCUUCCUCUGUAAAAAAUAUUUGUGGCUCCAGAAAUCUCUGUAGCUUUUCCCAAAAUCAAAGAGGAGUGAUUUGCAGGUUUAUGUAAAGAUCAGCAAAAUAAAGACUAUACCAAGGUAAAUGAGUUGCAAACAUGAGGAUGUCUCCAGUGAGAGAAGCAGCUUUCCAAUGCUGAGGUAGUGCAGAAGGAGCAAACAAUAAAGUGGAGGAGGCAACUGCCCCAAUUUGGUGUGAGAACAUUUGUGUGAUGCCUCCAGCUAUGUCUUGCAAUACGCACUGAAAUAAGCAUUGAAUUUCUUUCUGUGUUUGGACAGACAAGCUGGAGUCUGUACUGAAUGCUGCCUCAUCCUGCUGACAGCCCAGAUGACUGUACACCGAAAGAGAAGCAAUACAAGUAAACUGAAACAUUAAUAGAGAGGCAGCUGGAGUAAGGACAGAAAGAAGUCAGGCCAGCAUUUAAAAGCACAGUAGUAGAGCACACUUCAGAAUGCGUGAGUGCAUCUCUAUUCAUGUUGGCCAGGCUGGAGUUCAGAUAGGAAAUGCGUGCUGGGAACUCUUCUGCCUGGAGCAUGGCAUUCAGCCAGAUGGCACCUUCAAGGAUGUGCAGGAUAAACUCAACAAUGAUGACUCUUUUACCACGUUUUUCAAUGAAACAGGCACUGGGAAGCAUGUGCCGCGGGCUGUAAUGGUGGACUUGGAACCAAGUGUAGUAGAUGAAGUGCGGGCUGGGACCUUCCGGGAACUUUUUCAUCCAGAACAACUGAUCACUGGAAAGGAAGAUGCAGCUAACAACUAUGCCCGUGGCCACUACACCAUUGGCAAAGAAAGCAUUGAUAUGGUGCUUGAUCGUGUCCGUAAGCUGACUGAUGCCUGUUCUGGGCUGCAAGGGUUCCUGAUCUUCCACAGCUUUGGUGGAGGUACCGGCUCUGGAUUUACCUCCUUACUGAUGGAACGACUCUCUGUGGAUUAUGGAAAGAAGUCCAAACUGGAGUUUGCAAUCUACCCAGCCCCACAGGUCUCCACCGCUGUGGUGGAGCCCUACAAUUCCAUCCUGACCACACAUACCACCCUGGAGCACUCAGACUGCGCUUUCAUGGUGGAUAAUGAGGCCAUCUAUGACAUCUGCCGCCGAAACCUGGACAUUGAGCGUCCCACUUACACCAACCUCAACCGCCUCAUCAGCCAGAUUGUCUCCUCCAUCACGGCUUCGCUGCGCUUCGACGGUGCCCUCAAUGUGGAUCUGACGGAGUUCCAGACAAACCUGGUGCCCUACCCGCGCAUCCACUUCCCCUUAGUCACCUAUGCCCCCAUCAUCUCCUCUGACAGAGCACAUCAUGAGCAGCUCUCAGUGGCUGAAAUCACCAGCGCCUGCUUUGAGCCCAACAACCAGAUGGUGAAGUGUGACCCAAGGCAUGGCAAGUACAUGGCCUGCUGCAUGCUCUACCGUGGUGACGUAGUUCCCAAAGAUGUCAAUGUCGCAAUUGCUGCCAUCAAGACCAAGAGAACUAUCCAGUUUGUCGACUGGUGUCCAACAGGCUUUAAGGUUGGGAUCAACUAUCAGCCUCCUACUGUAGUUCCUGGUGGAGACCUAGCCCAAGUUCAACGAGCAGUCUGCAUGCUGAGCAACACCACGGCCAUUGCAGAGGCUUGGGCCAGGCUCGACCACAAGUUUGAUCUGAUGUAUGCCAAGAGAGCUUUUGUGCACUGGUAUGUGGGUGAAGGCAUGGAGGAGGGAGAAUUCGCAGAGGCCCGAGAGGAUCUGGCUGCCCUGGAGAAGGACUAUGAGGAAGUGGGAACUGACUCAUUUGAAGAAGAAAAUGAUGGGGAGUAGUUUUAAAAUACACCUUGUUUCUAGUGAGCACAGAAUUGUCUCUGUGUCACUUUAUUGCAUGUGUCUACCAUUAGGUCACCUUUUUUUGUAUGCAAUAUACAGAAAUUUAAGAGGGGUCAUGUAGAGACAUCUUUUAUUCCAUAAAUCACAGGUAAAUUGUCCUGUAAGAUAGCAUCAGUUGUAGUAAUGCCCCACUGCUCCCAGCAAUGCAAAAAGACUCACUCUUCUUCCUUGCACAUUUAAUGUAAGCCUCUCUAAGCUCUAAUGCACAUGCUAAACCCACUACA